AUGUCAGGUAUCGGUAAAGGGGGUAAAGGAGGUAAAGGCGGCAAGGGAGUGACGUCCAAGCGAGCGCCGCAGUCGCGAUCUCAACGCGCUGGUCUUCAGUUUCCCGUGGGUCGUAUCCAUCGUUUCCUGAAGAAGCGCGUAGCUAACAAUCAACGUGUGGGCGCCACUGCGGCCGUGUACGCUGCCGCCAUCAUGGAGUAUCUGACUGCUGAGGUACUGGAGCUAGCGGGCAAUGCUUCCAAGGAUCUCAAAGUGAAGCGUAUUACACCACGCCAUUUGCAACUUGCUAUCCGUGGAGAUGAGGAGUUAGACACGUUGAUAAAGGCCACGAUUGCUGGUGGUGGUGUCAUUCCGCACAUUCACAAGAACCUCAUUAACAAGCAGAACAAGAAGCGAAUGCCUUUGUAG